AUGGGAUUGUACACACUUUUUCUAUUUAUGUGGACGUUGAAGAAUAUAACGCUGCUGUUUCUGAUAAGCUUUGAGCGUGAAAAUUUUUUUGUGGCACUGAAAAAUGCCGAAGUUGUAUUAUUAAUGAUCACUCUAGCUGACGUGAGUCCAGAUGAACGUUUGGCAUAUAAAACUCUUCGACGAUUGAACAGGGCAGCGUACAAAAUGAUGAAUAGCAGUAGCAUGGUCACAGUGGACGCGAAGCUGCCACUGCGUAUUAUUUCCGUUCUUGCAACCUAUGUUAUUGUGCUCUUGCAAUUCGCAUUCCUGUAG